GCAGGUGCCGCCCACAGAACCCUGGAGGCGGAUCAGCUGUGUCCCACCUGUCCUUACUUCCUGCCCACGUCCGUCGAGGUCACCACACCUGUGGGCAUCCCGGCCAACCUCACCUGCGGCGUCAGGCAGCUCGGGGACAAGAAGGUGUCGUGGAUCAGGCGCCAGGACCUGCACGUGCUGACCACAGGUAACUUCACGUACACGACGGACACGAGGUUCCGCGCGCUGCACCUGCCCGGCUCGCCCUUCUGGAGCCUGGAGGUGGACCGGCCCGCCAUCACCGACUCCGGCCUUUACGAGUGCCAGGUGUCCACGCAGCCCAAGAUAUUCCGCCGCUUCAGGCUCAGCGUUGCGGUCCCCAGCGCGCGCAUCACCGGCUCGAGGGAGAUCUUCAUGAAGGCCGGCAGCGACAUCAACAUCACGUGCGUGGUGAAGGGCGCCAUCAGGGGAGCGCCCGUCACCUGGUACCACGUGCUGCCCCGCGACCCACCCAAGGAGGAGCUGGUGGAGAUCAACGCCGGGGGUCGGGGCGGCGUGCAGCUGGUGACGGACAAGAACUCGGGCACCAGCUGGCUCCUGGUCACCCACGCCACCUGGAGGGACGCCGGGAACUACACGUGCGCGCCCGUGCACGCCACGCCCGCCUCGGUGUCCGUCCACGUGCUCGACGAAGAGGCUCCAGCCGAGCUCCAAAACGACCCCCAGCCGAGCCGGGCCCAGACAUCCACCCAAGGAACGCCAGGCCUCCUGCUGCUCCUGCUGGGGCUUCACCGUCUGCUGGGACGCGACGGGGCGAGAACGUGGUGCCUCUGGGCUCUCCUGGCGGCUUGUCUAGUGCUCCCCAGCGCCGUCAGGAGUACGAGUGGCCUUCAGCACACCUCUCAGACUAAUAAUGAAACAGAAGGAUCGGUAACAGUCGCCGCGAGGCAUGGGAGCAGAGUCCUUGGCGUCACACUCUUAAGAAACCCGGAACUGGAAGGGAUCCACACUGUGUGUGGAGGAAAUUAUCAACGGCAUCCCGAGUAACGGCAGCAGCACCCAGCCGGUGGCCACACAAGCUGCACGCAAGAUGCUCUCAGCCCGCCCCUAGAUGCCACCCCGGAUGCCGGCCUGGUGCACCCCCUUGUACGCCUCCUGGAGAGGGCAGACAACCUCGGGUGCUGUCGUGUUGUUCGUCAAGCUGCUCCGCUCGCCGCACACCAACGUAACAUGCAGAGCAAGCCGUGUGGGCGCCGGGAAACACUGCUGGCGAUGGCCCCAAACUCAGAGACUUCGUCAUUAAGGCUGGCAUUGUACAACCUCCUCUGGAACUCAUUAGACCAGACACAGAGUUAAGUUCAUGAGGAUGAUUUCUUACAUUUUGUAAUGGGAUGCUCUACCAUUCAGUGAUGUAUUCUUUCUUCACUUCAAAACGCAAGCACAAAGUGGAACAGUAAACUAAUGUUUAUAAGAGAAAGAAAAAAAAGAAUAAACUGUCUUCAGUAUCUUCAGUCCUGUAGCAUCACUGCAUCAUAAUGAAUGUAUUGCUGAGUGUAGAUACACAGGUCUUUGUUGAGCAGGCAUGAAAAGGUGGCACCAGGUGGAAGGCCACAGUCACAGACGGCAGCCAGUGCUGGUACACAAUACGGUGAUGGAGGCAGUGGUAGUGAACAGGGUUAUAACUUGUUGGCUGCUGGAAUGUGUUUCAAGGAUGGGUACUUUGAAUUAUGAGGAACUAAUAGAGUAAUGUAAAGACUAGAUCUCAAUUCUCAGGUCUGAGGAUAUGUAUCUUAACAUAAAUUCCUUAGUUAUUCAUUCAUUAUUGUCUUAGAAGACACAACAAAACCCAGUGAGGUGAUGCCCCACCCGGACCGCUUCCUGCAUGCAUCAGUUAUUUGUGUGUCAAUGUCAUGUAGCGGCAGCCUAGGCCGCUACAGCGAAAACCAAACAUUUCUGUUUGUAUGUUUUCGAGGCAGCAUACGUUGUAGCUGGUACAACGCCGUUUGGAUCCGCUAAGGCCGCCUUGUAGGUUAAAAGACACAACUAAUAACCAGUGGUGACUCCAUCGACAAGCGAAUUUAUUUCCUAGAAUAUACAUGUUUUUACGAACGGCGAUUGGUAAUUUACAGAAGUUCGUAUGCGCUAAUAUUUACAGUAAUGGCUUUAUGGUGAUGCAGUUUCAGUAUUUUAAUGUUUGUAAUAAUAGGAGUGAUUGUAUACAUAUAUUUACAUGUAGUGACUUGCAGUCUGAUGAAUAUAAAGACAAGAUAUUACAGUGUGAUGAGAGUGGAAGAAGUGAAAGAGGACAAGGUGAUUUCAGGGCAGACUGAAGAAAUAAAGGUGGAGGAAACGAGAAAGAAAAUGGUAUGUUUAAUGGGUCACUACAUAACUCUCCCCCUAGUGACGAGGUAGGAGGAACGUUACGUGUUUUUUCUUGUGGGACUGGAGUUUGUAUGCAAUCACUGGACUGGGGGACACUGACACGGUGUUGGUGGGUGAAGGAUCCGGCUGCAGGAGGUACGCGGGCUUGACCCGGUCAAUGGCGAUGACAUCGGAUUUGCCGUGGCGGUCAAUGGUGACAUUCUUCCGCGUCCUCUUGAUGACGGUGAAGGGGCCAUCGUAUGGUUGCUGCAGAGGCUUCUUUGUGGCGUCCACUCGCACGAACACGUGUGUGCAGGUGUCGAGGUCCUGGCUCACGAACGUUUUGGAUGGUGAUGUACGUGGCGGCACUGGCUGGAGUCUC